AUGCCUCCCCGAUCGAGCAAUCCCAGAGAGUCUACAGCGUCGCACAGGUCGACAUUGUCAUUAUCCAAGACCGAAGUCACAAUCCAUGUCUAUGAUCUGCUUCCUCCAGGCCGCCUAUCCUCUGUUCUUUGGACAUUUGGCGCUUCGCUACUGCACUCAGGCGUCGUGAUCAAUGGCAGAGAGUAUGCCUAUGGCGGGCACGAGCGACGCGGCGUGACGGGAGUUUACUGGACAAAGCCAAAGACGGAGCCCCCCGGCGGCACUUUCAAGUCCGAGAUCCUCCACGGCUUCACCUUUGCGACCCAGGCCGAGAUCGACACAAUCCUGGAAGAGGCCUCGAAAGACUUCCUCGGCACUUCCUACAACCUCUUGACGAAAAAUUGCAACCACUUCACCUCGUAUCUCUGCAGAAAGCUUACCGGGCGUCCCGGUCCCGGCUGGCUGAACCGUGCGGCAAGCAUCGGCGUCGCAUUACCCUGCGUUGUCCCCAGGGACUGGAUCGACCCACCCGAGUACGAUACCGCCGACGGCGCGCUUCUGGAGGACGAGGACGAUAAUGCGCACGAAGGCUCUAGGAUGCUGAAGCAAUCGCCGCCAAGAUUCCUCACCGAGAAUUCCAAGGGUCGAGCUGACGAUGCCGACUGGGAUAGCGAGGAGGAACGACGACACGGCGGCAACGGCAAGGGCAAGAAGGCUGUGAGAGAUACCGCGGGUCGUGAUUUACCUGCUGCCGAGAGAGCUCCGGAUCGGAAGUAG